AACAUAACUAUUGCACUUUCCCUCCAAAUUGAAGGGGUUUAGGGAUAGGUUGAGCGUUCCGCGAGCGAUCGUUUCUGUACAAAGAAUCGCGCUCUCUCUCCAUCUGUCCACACCGACCUCUCCUCAACGGUGACAGAAAUGGCGUCGUCCUCUUCAUCGGCUAAUAAUAGCAGUAACAGCUACAACAUUCCAUGGGUGGAGAAGUACAGGCCCAACAAAGUCUCUGACAUCGUCGGCAACCAGGACGCCGUCUCCCGCCUCCAAGUCAUCGCUCGUGACGGCAACAUGCCUAACCUCAUCCUAGCCGGUCCUCCUGGAACUGGUAAAACUACAAGCAUACUGGCUCUUGCACAUGAGCUUUUAGGACCAAAUUGUAAGGAGGCUGUUUUGGAGCUGAAUGCUUCUGAUGACAGGGGUAUAGAUGUUGUGAGGAACAAAAUCAAGAUGUUUGCACAAAAAAAAGUGACACUGCCUCCUGGACAGCACAAAAUUGUAAUUCUGGAUGAAGCUGAUAGCAUGACAUCUGGAGCACAGCAAGCCUUGAGGCGAACAAUGGAAAUAUAUUCAAAUUCCACCCGUUUUGCUCUUGCAUGCAAUACGUCUUCUAAAAUUAUUGAGCCUAUUCAGAGUAGAUGUGCGCUUGUUCGAUUUUCAAGAUUAUCUGAUCAAGAGAUACUUGGUCGUCUCAUGGUAGUAGUUGAAGCAGAAAAGGUCCCAUAUGUUCCUGAAGGCCUCGAAGCUAUCAUAUUCACUGCUGAUGGAGAUAUGAGGCAGGCAUUGAAUAACUUGCAAGCUACAUACAGUGGAUUCCGAUUUGUCAACCAGGAAAAUGUUUUCAAGGUUUGUGAUCAGCCUCAUCCAUUGCAUGUGAAGAAUAUGGUGCGCCAUGUGCUUGAGGGAAAAUUUGAUGAUGCUUGUUCUGGUCUGAAGCAGCUCUAUGAUUUGGGGUAUUCUCCCACAGACAUAAUUACAACCCUUUUUCGUGUCAUAAAGAAUUAUGACAUGGCUGAAUAUUUGAAAUUGGAGUUCAUGAAGGAAACUGGAUUUGCCCAUAUGAGAAUUUGUGAUGGGGUUGGUUCCUACCUUCAGCUAUGUGGCCUUUUGGCUAAGCUUGCCCUUGUUCGUGACACAGCCAAGGCAGCAUAAGACAUAGUUCAGUAUUGUGGUAGUGUGAUUUGCCGAUGCAAGCAUCAGUGGUUUUUUAGGUUUGCAGAUAUUUUUGUUAAUGGGAACCCAAAAUUGUCAUUUUGUGGGAGCUUCUCUAACUUGUAACUGAAUUGAUAUGGAAGUACCAAGUGGUCAAAUGCUUUGAUCUGCU